CGGACGGGACUGCACACUGCAAAAUCACAACCAGAGGAUAUCGCUCUCUCUCCCUCGGUGUGUGUGUUGUGUCCUGCGAGGCCAGCAGAAACCGUGAAUGUGUGUAUUUAAGGCAUGAAACACGCUGAGCUGCAUCUUGACUCAGCUUGCUCAAAGAUGCAGAGUUCUUGGUGCUCAGCAAGAUUCUAUUAUUGACCAUCUGCUUAAGUGGGUGUCUUGGAUCUUUCAGUCACACCCAGUGUGUAUUCAGAGCAAGUUGGUGCCAUCAGCUCUGCACGCUGGCUUAAAUGCUGGACCUGGUUGAGGAGAGCAACACUGCAACACCAGGAGGAAGCCACACAGGAUGUCUUGGGUCAGUGGCUUUUUAGUUGCCAGAGCGGACGACCACAAAACGGCGUGGGGUGAGCGCAAUGGCCGCAAGUGGCGACGCAAGAGGGGCUCGUCACUCUGGAGCCCGCGCUACAUGAGCUGUCUGCGCGACCCCGAGAGCACGGAGGGUCCGGCCCAGGCUGUCCAGCCCCACCCACAUGGAGCCAACAGCAGCAACUUCAGCACACGGUGUGUCUGGCAGGAGGACCACUAUGUGGGAUCCAGGGCGGUGGACCUGGCUUUUGAGGAUGGCGAGUCCAAGAGGAUGAAGGAGGAAGAGGGGGGUGAGGAAGGUGAGGAGGAGGAGAAGAGGGGGUUAGUGGCUAGGAUUGUUUUAGGGUGCCUGAGGCGACUGGCCCACGUUUUCCAGUCCAAGCAGUUCCGGUCAGCCAAACUGGAAAGGCUCUAUCAACGCUAUUUCUUCAGACUGAACCAAAGCUCUUUGACCAUGCUGAUGGGAGUGCUGGUGCUUGUAUGUGGGGUCAUGUUGGCCUUUCACUGUGUCCAUGGACUUCCCAACGUGGCCUACGUCUCAGUGCUCUCGGUGGCCAUGGCCCUUUUCCUGACCAUGAUGGUGGUCUGCAACCGCAACGGCUUCCACCAAGACUACAUGUGGAUUGUGAGUUACCUGGUGAUGGCUGUACUGGUAGUGGUGCAAGCGUUUGGGGUGUUCAUGGUAGCCCCCCGCAGUGCCUCAGAAGGUGUCUGGUGGUCCAUCUUCUUUGUCUACAUCAUCUAUACGCUACUGCCGGUGCGCAUGAGGGCGGCAGUGCUGAGUGGAGCCGUGCUCUCCUCUAUCCACCUCAUCACAGCCUGGAGGCUCAACCUGGAGGACGACUUCAUCUGGAAACAGUUAUGUGCAAAUGGACUGGUUUUUCUGUGUACUAACAUCAUCGGGAUCUGCACACACUACCCAGCUGAGGUGUCUCAGAGACAGGCCUUUAAAGAGACCAGAGGAUACAUACAGGCCAGAAUACACCUGCAGAGGGAGAACCAGCAGCAGGAACGCCUGCUGCUUUCAGUGUUGCCAAGGCAUGUUGCCAUGGAGAUGAAGGCAGAUAUCAAUGCCAAGAAGGAAGAUAUGAUGUUCCACAAGAUCUACAUCCAGAAACACGACAAUGUCAGCAUCCUCUUUGCAGACAUUGAAGGCUUCACGAGUUUGGCAUCGCAGUGCACUGCCCAGGAGCUGGUGAUGACGCUUAAUGAACUUUUCGCUCGUUUCGACAAAUUAGCCUGGGAGAACCACUGUCUGAGGAUAAAGAUUCUGGGGGACUGUUACUACUGUGUGUCAGGCUUACCUGAGCCCAGAGCUGACCAUGCUCACUGCUGUGUGGAGAUGGGAGUGGACAUGAUUGAGGCCAUCUCCUUGGUGAGAGAGGUAACAGGCGUGAACGUGAAUAUGCGGGUGGGCAUCCACAGCGGGCGUGUGCACUGCGGGGUGCUGGGACUGCGUAAAUGGCAGUUUGAUGUGUGGUCCAACGACGUCACAUUGGCCAACCAGAUGGAGGCUGGAGGCAAGGCAGGGCGCAUCCACAUCACUAAAGCUACACUGCAGUAUCUGAAUGGAGACUAUGAGGUGGAGCCAGGUUUCGGAGGAGAAAGGAACGUGUACCUCAAAGACAACAACAUAGAGACCUUUCUGGUGCUCGGCUGCAGCCAGAAACGGAAAGAGGAAAAGGCCAUGAUGGCUAAGAUGCAGCGUGCCAGAGCCAACUCCUCUGAUGGGUUAAUGCCCCGCUGGGUGCCUGAUCGAUCCUUUUCCAGGACCAAAGACUCCAAAGUCUUCAGACAGAUGGGCAUCGACGAGGCCUCCAGCAAAGACAAUCACUGUGCUCAAGAGGCUCUGAAUCCCGAGGAUGAGGUUGAUGAGUUUUUGGGACGUGCCAUUGAUGCCCGCAGCAUCGACCAACUACGAAAAGACCACGUCAAAAAGUUCCUGCUCACAUUUCAGGCGCCGUUUCUGGAGAGAAAGUAUUCUAAAAAGGUGGACGAUCGCUUCGGGGGAUAUGUGGCCUGUACCCUGCUGGUCUUUUUCUUCAUAUGCUUCAUUCAACUCACUGUCCUUCCACACACAACACUAAUGCUUGGCAUCUUCAUCAGUAUCUUUAUAAUUCUUGCCAACAUCCUUUUCAUAUGUGCCAUCUACUCCUGUGUUAAGCUCUUCCCUGUUGCCUUGCAGACCGUGUCGAAGAAGAUAGUGGAGUCUCGUACCAACAGCACAUUAGUGGGGGUCUUCACUGUCCUACUUUUGUUCAUCUCUGCUUUUGCCAACAUGUUUAUGUGCGAGAAGGAGGGUGUGAUUGAAUGUGUAGCUGAGGAGCUGAACAUCUCAGAGAGCACAGUGACGCUGUGUGUGCUGCACAACCUCACACACUCAGCAGGAGACACACUAUCACUCUGUCAAAGCCAGAAAACCCCGUGUCCUUUCCCCGAGUACUUCACCUACAGUGUGCUGCUGACUCUGCUGGCCUGCUCUGUGUUCCUGCACAUCAGCAGUAUAGGCAAGCUGGCCCUGAUGCUGCUCAUUCAGCUCACCUUCCUGCUGCUGCUCGAGUGGCCUCUGGUGGUCCUUUUCGAUAACGCUGACCUGCUGGUCACCGCUAACGCUCUGUCCAGUUUCAAUGAAACACAUUGCCAUGAAAGAAUGAGUAAGGUGUCCUUGAAGGUGAUGACUCCAGUAAUCCUCACUGUGUUUGUGUUGGCGCUCUAUCUGCAUGCCCAGCAGGUUGAGUCCACUGCACGCCUGGACUUCCUGUGGAAACUUCAGGCUACUGAAGAGAAAGAGGAGAUGGAGGAGCUGCAGGCCUACAACCGUCGUCUCCUUCACAACAUCCUGCCAAAAGACGUGGCUGCCCACUUCCUGGCCCGAGAGCGACGCAAUGACGAGCUUUACUACCAGUCAUGUGAGUGUGUGGCUGUGAUGUUUGCCUCCAUCAGUAACUUCUCUGAGUUCUACACAGAGCUGGAGGCUAAUAAUGAGGGCGUGGAGUGCCUGAGACUACUCAACGAAAUCAUCGCUGACUUUGAUGAGAUCAUCAGCGAGGACCAGUUCAAGCAGCUGGAGAAGAUCAAAACAAUAGGCAGCACUUACAUGGCAGCUUCAGGGCUGAACGACUCUACAUAUGACAGAGAGGGCCGCUCACACAUCUUAGCGCUGGCUGACUACGCCAUGAGACUCCGUGAGCAGAUGAAGUACAUUAAUGAGCACUCCUUCAACAACUUCCAGAUGAAGAUCGGUCUGAAUAUUGGGCCUGUGGUUGCUGGGGUCAUCGGAGCUAGAAAGCCUCAGUACGACAUCUGGGGGAACACAGUGAAUGUGGCCAGUCGCAUGGACAGCACAGGAGUACCUGACUGCAUCCAGGUGACGACUGAUCUGUACCACGUUCUGGCCAACAAGGGCUACCAGCUGGAGUGCCGUGGCCUUGUCAAAGUCAAGGGGAAAGGAGAAAUGACCACUUACUUUCUCAACACCGGCCCUUCUAGCAGUUAACACUGACCAAAUGCCUCCGUUUGCACUGAAGUGAAAGAGGAGGAUGCGCUCCGGAGCGUAAAUGAAAUAUGUUUUCUUGCCGUUCCAGAUUAAAACCACUGAGAGACUCACAGAUAUGAGUAGCCUGACGGUGGUAUUGUAUUUAAUAUAUGCACACACUGAGAACGUGUUCUCAUUCUUAGCUGCUCUCAUAGACUGUCUGAAAGAGCGAGUUGUCUAAGCGCACUGGCCUUAGAUGGAAGUGACUUCAGAAGAGGCUACAUUUUCAUUUCUUUUGUUUCAACACCAAAUUGUGGAUUCUUUAUUUAUUUUCUGUUUGACUGAUUUUUAAAGACACACAACACACAAAUAUAUAUGCAAGGAUGAAGAAUAAGAAUGCAGAUGACCAAAGAACAAACAAGUUUGAUAUAGGAACACUACAUGCGUGUUUGAUAUGUCAGAGCUAUUGUCUGAUUUCUUUUUCUUUUUUCUAUAACUCUUGAAGAUCUGCUUUCUUUGAUGGGCACUUAAGACUUUUUUCUUUUUGUUCCCGCCACAUACCAUCAAGGCUUCAGAGACCAGAGAGGGGCUGUAAUGACUUUUAUUCGUACAGCUUAUCAAUGCUUCUUAUUGUUUUUGAAGAGUUUUGAUGAAGUGGUGUGAAGAAAUUAUGAAGGAUGAGCGUUGGCAUUGGACACAAGAAAUGUAUUUUACUGUUUAUGUUAUUAUUGAACCUGUAAGUUAAGUGUGUGUGUGUGUGUGUGUGUGUGUGUGUGUGUGUGUGUGUGUGUGUGUGUGUGUGUGUGUGAGAGAGACAGAGAGAGAGAGAGAGAGAGAGAGAGAGAGUGGGCUGACGCGUCUGAGAGAAUAUACUGUCUUCUUUAAAGGGCAAAACUGCUCACUGUGAGGUUUCUAUAAUCUAUGUGCAAUCACUUUCUUGCCAAAUUGACUGCUCCCAGGCAUGUCUGACUUUUGUUAUCAAUAUUUCUAUAUAUAAUUUUUUGUUCAUUCCUCUUAAAUGGUUUAAUGAUUUAAUUCCCCUCUCACCAAAGUUGAUGGUUUUAUGCCAACACCUUCCUCCAUUCCAAAAGAAAUUUCUAGUAGGGACAGAGCGGAGGUGUUGCUUUAAUAGAUACAGCUUUAAUGCCGAAAGCCCUCACAAUGGGUGUCAUUCACCAACUGUUCUCAAGAAGAAAUUUCUUCUUAAAACAUAAACAGUUUUUACAAAGAUUUUGACAUUCACCAAUGUUUGUUCUUAGGCAAGAACAGAACCUACGCACACUCAAGAGUGCAAAGGUGCAAAUAAUUCUGCGAUUUAAGAACAUGUCAUGAAUCUGACGAAGGCUUUUACUUAGGACUUUCCUCAAGAACACAUUUAAGAGGAAAUUUAGGAAGAUAUUGGUGAAUGAGGCCCAACAUUUGUAACUAUGUUCCUAGCAGAUGGUUGCUGGUAAAAAUCUUUAAUGUAAACAAACCAGUGUUAAGGCAUUAGGCAUAAUUAAACCCAUUUGAAACAUUAA